AUGGCCACCCUGAUCGAUUCAGAAGCGCAAUUUCUUCAGCGUGCGAAAGAUUUCAAAAUCUCCGAUGGAAUGACUUGCAAUUUGAAGCUUGCAGGCCUGACGACGUUUGGACUUCUCGCCUACGCUCAUGGGCAACCUGGCCAGGCCCUCAAUGAUGCUGCCUUUGACGCUUGGAUUGCAGGGAACUUAGACUCAGCAGCGAGCCUUGCAGAUUCAUCAGGAGUCAAGCGGCUCCUUUUUGAGGCUCAAACGCUUGUUUUGGCCGCAUUGAAAGAGCAGAUCACGUCGCCGGAAUCUUCUGUGGUGAAAAGAGUUCCUGCUGCGGAACGAGAAUCGAGAAUGGCAGCACUUCGAGCCCAGCUAACAGGAUUGGUGUUGGAAGGCCCUCUAGAACCCAGCCAUAGCCUCCUUGACUUGUGUGCAAGUAUGCAUCAGUUGAACGAAGUGAGGUAUUUGGCACCAGAGAAGUGUGUGUCGCGAACGCAUGAAGUCCUCCAUCAGAAACAGCCAACAAAGCAGAUUGACAUCUCAGCUGACUCCUUAGUCGUGAAGGAGGCUCGCGAUGUUCCAGACUCUUCGGUCCAAUCAGCCUUACAGGUGCAGGAAGCGUUGCUGAGGAGAGGCAUAGCCCUGGCAUUUGCUGGUCUUGUCACAUACCCAGAGUAUAGCAGAUAUGUCACGGCGCUAUUCAUGCACUUGCACCGUGAGCCACCGCCUGGAUACAAUCGAUGUGCAGUCUCGCAGCUAGUUGCCGCUGAUAAAGCUGUGUGGCAGAAGCUGCUUGAAGAGAACAAGACACCCAGGCGUACCGCUGCAGGCAACCUGCCCUUGGACACAGAGUUGAGCGCAGCGUUGCACAGCUACCAGGUUUCUUUUGCUUUGUUGCCGCUUCCGUCCAAGGGAAAGGGUCCGUCUGUAAAACGAAACGCUGCAGGAAAAGCUGAGCAAGAUGACCAUAAGGUCUGGGAGCCUCCGUUGAAGAAACAGAAAGGCAAAGGUAAGCAAAAGGGGCGAGGCAAACCGAGUGUCCCCGCUGAGAUUGCGAAGUUGGGCGGAGUUGCCAGAAAUCCGAAUAACGAAAACAUUUGUUUUGCGUUCAACUGUAGCGGGUGCUCAGAAGCUGCUGAAGGAGCACGAUGUAGGCGAGGGUGGCACAUUUGUACCAAGUGUUUCGGCGUGCAUUCCAUUCGCACUCAUGACAAAAGCUCAUGA